GUUGUUGUUUUUCUUCACAUUAACUCGUGUCAGUUGCUAAUCCCAAAAUCUAGCAAAGACUCGGUCCGUGGUCACAAAAAUGCUAGAGCCAUCAGAAAAUCUGAAGAACACACACACUACUAGCAAGGAAAGGGUGCGCAAGCCCGAGGAGGUACACCUGCAAUCCCUGCAGCACGUUUGCGUGCUCAAACUGAACUACACGCCCACACACUUCAAAUCGACUACAGCAGCAGCAUCACCCCCCUUGUCCCGCAUUUAACCAAAAUGAAUGUUUGUCGACUACAGCGUACUGCUGUCUGAAGUGCUGUCUGUACAAUAAUAACAUCACGGUGCAUGGUACACAAGCUUGGGGCAUGGAGCUGCUGUCUGAAGUGCUGUCAGAAUGAGCCCGUGGACAUACAAUGAAGAAGAACGCCCAACCAAAGCCAUCAUUGCAAUUGACAAUCACCCGAAUCUAUCCAGAUCAUCUGUGUUAGGCACAGCAGUGUAAACAUAGACACUGACAAGGAAUCGUUCCACAUUGAAGGGGUCUUCCACGAUCAGGCACAUAACCAAGGCACCCGGGUUAGCCACGCCAUCUCUGACGGGUCUCUCUACAAAACCAGUGACGACGUCAUCACAUAGAACCAACACCGAAAAUCAGGAAAAAAACGAGAANCGUCUCUAUACAAAACCAGUGACGUCAUCACACACACCCCACACCUGUAUUCAGGAAAAAAACGGAAAAAUAAUUGACAAUGCAAGAGAUGUUUGUCCGUGCGCCACGGUCGAUACCGUCCGCCUGCUCCGGUUCCGCUGCUCCGGUUCCGCUGCUCCGGUGCCGCUGCUCCGGUGCCGCUGCUCCGGUGCCGCUGUGGCCAGUCCUAGCACGACCAAACUCAACCCGCUCCGCUCCGCUUCGUACACGCUCUCGUUGCUGUCCUUCCCAGUCGGUUCCUCGCUUUCUCCCUCGUCGCACUUAGGGUUCUCGGUCUGAAGAUUCUCGCGCCGAAGGGUCAACCAGCCCAAUCAGCUCGUCACCACCUGUCCCCUCCUCCUUUGAUGGCAAAACCAGGUUACUGAGACAGUACAGCUCCCUCUAGCAAACCUAGGGCCGUGUACAUAGUGCCCGUCCACCUUUCUGAUGACGUCUGCCUCCGCGCACAAAGAUGAGAUGGGCAUUGCUGCCUACACCGACGGCCUGGAGGCCCGCGC